AAUGCAGUGGAGAAAUUCUUUAAUAGGAUAAGAGAUAAACAGCCUGUUAGGCGCCUAACCUCAAGCGCAGCUGCCAGUUCCAGGGCUUCUCCAGUGAAGUAUAUUCAUCCGGAUUUGGGAUCAACAAAGUUAAGAAAAGAAGACAACAGAGAUGGAAAGCUGACGAGUAGAACUAGCUCGGGAAGGAGAGUCUCUUUUCUGGACGAACGUGCUGAUCAUGUACAUGCGAGGAAGAACCAUCAUGUCAAUACUGAUACCACGUCUAGAGGUCCGAUAACCAAAACCAGAGCAUUUGGAGAGUUGCAUGCUUCAGGUUCAUCAGUCGAUGCUAAGGCUUCUAAAAGGAGGAAGCUUAUACUCAACACGCCAGAAACAGAUGAUUAUGAUGGUUCAGGCCCCCAACUAGGAGAGAAGAAAUUCAUUAAAAAACCUCCUCUUCUAGAAAAAGCUCCAAAUCAGAACAUCAAGAAAAGCAGCUGGUACAAGAAACUGCCUUUUGAGGAAGAACUAAAGGCGGCUAUAGAGGAAAGUAGGGUGCUCUUAAUUGAGAACCUGGAACCAUCAUACACAUCGCUGGAGGUAGAGGAACUUUGUAGGCAUGCUUUCAAUGAAAGAGUUGAUGCUGAGAUGAUCCCUGCUAGUCUCAUGUCUAGCCCACAUCGUGGCAGGGCUCUCGUGAUUUUUGGAACCACAAAGGCAGCUGAUUCUGCCUUGUCACGGUUAGCUGAUGAGUGUCUGAUGUUACCUGGCCAAAGAGCUCUAGUUGGUAGCAGAAAUAUCCCAGUAGAAAUUGGAAAACGUAGAACUUUUACUGGCCAUUUUAGCAUGCUGGAUAGAUCUUUAAUGACAACUCAGAAGAGAAAGGCCGUCUCAACAUCACACUGCACGCAGCCCAACCACGCUGUAGACUCUAUGGCCUAUGAGUGGCUCGCUCUACAGGCAAAGUCAGAAUUGUCGUUGAAGAAGUUAUCCGAGAUACAAGCCGAGGAGAUUGACAUCCUCAAGCGCAUAAAACAACAAGGAACCAAAGGAAAGCAACAAUGAGCAAAAAAUCCCUUCCCUUAACAACAGCACAAAAGAACGCUUAUCCGUUUUGGUUUAGUUUUUGGACUCUAGCUGAUGUAAACCCAUUGUGUCAUUUAGGUGGGCAACUAGGCAGUAACCUUAUACACUCACCUAGCAGGUUAAUGCUAAUUUUUGGUAGGGGUACAUAGAGA